CAUUUGUUUACCUUUUUAUUUUUAAAAGUAUCAUAAAACGAUAAAAAAACCGGAUAUAUUAUUAUAGAAUUAUUUUUAUCAGCGCCUUCAUAAAAUAAUAGUUUUACUUAAGAUUAUAAAUCUUUAAAAUUAAUCCGUUACACAAAAAAAGACAUUGAAAACAUGAAGUGAAAGUAUGCAUAUUUUAAGACAUAACCAAUCAAUUGUAUCUUGAAAAUGGUUCAAACUGCCACGUUACUUUUACGAUUUUCGUUAUUGUUAUUAUGUUUUAUCGAAUUUUCAAUACCCCAACUAGCUCCAGUAACUGUACCAUGGUAUGAAAAUCUACCAGCUGUAGCUAUGGACUAUAAAGUUCAUAUAGAUCCAGGUAAAGAAGACUGUUAUUUUCAAUAUGUUAACCCCGGAGCAACAUUCUAUGUUAGUUUCCAAGUCGUUAGGGGUGGUGAUGGAAUGGCUGGGUUUGCAGUAAGGCAUCCCUCUGGUCAAAUAGUUCACCCUUACCAAUGGAAAGCAAAUAGUGAGUACCAAGAUCAACAGUCUAUGGGAGGAUAUUACUCUGUGUGUAUUGAUAACCAGUUCUCGAGAUUUAACGCUAAAUUAGUUAAUAUUUACAUUACUGUUGUGCGUUAUGACAUGUGGGAUAUAUACACAAAAGAAAUCGAGGCUUUGAACAUGAACAUGGAAAAUUUCACUUCAACAAUAGUGGGAGUCGAGAGGAAUAUCAAUAAUAUGUUACAAUAUCAACACCAUAGUAGAGCCAGAGAAACUUGGGAUUUUAAUUUGUUACAAGAUAACAAUUCUUAUGUCAUCAGGUGGUCUAUUAUUCAAAUUAUUAUUAUUACAAUGACAACAGCUGUUCAGGUAUAUUUUGUGAGAAAAUUGUUUGAUAUUAAAGUUGGUGGAGGGCCAGGAAGGUCAAGAAUUUAAUUUAAAAAAAGUGUUAUUUGAUUUGUAUAUCUAUUUUACUGUUUGUCUCAAUUUUAUAGUUUUAACAGAUCCUGUGAAAAACUAUCUUGUAUCAGGAGCUUUUGUAAGUUAAUAUUUACCUUUUUUGUAAA